AGAUCAGCCCAUUCAACCAGUUAAUGUUUCUCAUUUUCAGUUGCAGAUCCUUAUUGAACUGAUUUCCAGUGCACUAUUUCACACGCAAAGUCAUGAGCUCUUUUGUUGAUAAUACAAUGUGCCCUGGAAGUUCUGAUUUACCAUAUAGAAAUGAAAAGGACUUUCAUGUUGAGAGAAAAAAGAAGAAGAAGAAGAUCAAAAAUGUUGAAUGUAUCAAGACAAAUGAGGAGCUUGUCUCAAAUUGUAGUCAAUAUUCUAUUCAUGAUAAAAAUAUGAAUGAGGAGGAUUUAAAUGAUAAUAAUCCAGUUCAGUAUUUAUGUAAAGACUCUGAAGAUCUUGAAAUUGACAGUAAAGUUAAAAUACAAAAGAAGCAUAAAAGGAAAAGGGAUGAUGGCCAUGAAAAAAAGGCAAUUGGAAGUCAGGAUAUUUUAACUCCUGAGUGGAAAACUGCAGACUCGGCUAUUAGUUCUUGUUCUUCAGAAGCUGAACAAAAGAAGAAGAAAAAGAAGACUAAAAGGCAUCAAGACUCACUGGUUUCUAAAAAUAAUUGCAAUAUUUCUAGUUCAGAUUCUUUUCCUAAAGUUAUUAUUACAAAUGAAAUGGAUGAAGUGGAGCAAGAUAAAUCCUGCAGGCAAGACAGAUCAUCUGAAGAAAACAAGGAUACAAUGCCAGUUGGAAUUAAUGAAGAAGUUCCUACAUCCACGCACUGUUCAACUAUUCUUCGUGUCACAGACCAGGACAUUGAAAUGGAUUUGAAAGGCAAGAUCUCAGAGUGCAGGACAUUUGAAGACAUGCGUCACGUGUUGUCAGCCCCUACAAUGGCUGCUAUUGACAGCUUAGGCUUCACAGAGAUGACUGAAAUUCAGGCCAGAGCAAUCCCUGCUCUGCUAGAAGGGAAGGACCUGCGUGGCACUGCCAAGACAGGCUCGGGCAAAACCUUGGCGUUCCUCAUCCCGGCGUUUGAGCUGCUACACAGACUGGAGUUCCAGCAGCACCAUGGCACGGGUGUGAUCAUCUUGUGUCCCACGCGGGAACUUGCGAUGCAGACGUUCGGCGUGACGCAGAUCCUUGGCGACCGACACAACCUCUCCUACGGGCUCCUGAUCGGGGGCGCUAACAGAGCAGCCGAGAGCAAGGCCCUUAAACAAGGCGUGAACGUGGUGGUGGCGUGCCCUGGCCGCAUGCUGGACCACCUGAAGAACACAAGCGGCUUCCUCUACAGCAACCUGGUCUGCCUCAUCCUGGACGAGGCGGACAGGAUGCUCAGCAUUGGGUUUGAGGAGGAGAUGAAGGCCAUCCUCAAACUGGUCCCUAAGCGCCGGCAGACGAUGCUCUUCAGCGCCACCAGGAACGAGCGCACCGACAACCUCACCAACAUCGCCCUUAAAGUCACGCUCGUUGACGUCGACCUCAUGGCAGAGAAGAGUCACGCCACUGUCGACCAGCUCAACCAGUAUUACCUGGUGUGUCCAGUGGAGCAGCGGUUCCUGGUGCUCUACACUUUCCUCAAGCGCAAGAAGGACAAGAAAAUAAUGGUGUUCUUCAGCUCCUGCGGGGCCGUCAAAUUCUACCAAGAACUCCUUGCUUUCAUUGACAUGCGAGUGCUGAGUAUACAUGGCAAACAGAAGCAGACCAAGCGCACCGAGUCGUUCAUGGAGUUCAACGCAUCGGCGUCUGGCGCUCUGCUGUGCACGAACGUGGCGGCGCGAGGCUGGGACAUACCGUCCGUGGACUGGAUCAUCCAGUACGACCCUCCUGAGGACGUCAACGAGUACAUCCACCGCGUGGGGCGCACGGCGCGCGGCGGCCGCGAGGGGCAGGCGCUGCUCAUCUUGUCCGAGGCUGAGGUCGGCUUCGUGAGGUGCCUCAGGCAGCGCAAGAUCAACGUUGAGCCCAUACAGAUCGGCCAGGGAAAAAUAUACAACAUACAGAGCCAGUUGGAGAAAAUCAUGAACGAGCGCUACUUGCUGGCGCUGAGCGGCAGGGCGGCCUACAAGGAUUACCUCUACUCCUACAUGAAGCACAGCCAGAAGGACAUCUUCAACUACAACAAACUCGACCAUGCCAAGGUUGCGAAGUCGUUUGGCUUCGACCGGCCUCCCGUAAUUGACCUCAUCGCCGCACUCAAGAAAAACAAGAAGGAAUCUUACCAGCAACGCAACAAAAAAAUUCGUCGCUCAUGAUAAAUUUUUGCGAAAGGAAA